UCACGCAGCGUUUUAAACACUUGUUAAAGCUGACAUCCACAGGUUUUGCUAGAGAUGAUGGAGUUGUCUUUAUAUGACACGAGCACGGGUCAGAUGUGUGCGUAUGAUCAGAUGUCUCUGGCUGAGAUGCUCCAGAUCCAGGAUCAUGCAGUGAGUGAAGAGCAGGCCUGGGCCCUGUGCUUCCAGCUGAGCUGCGUCCUCUCUCAGGCGCCCCGGCCGCAGGGCUCGUGGAGGCGGACUCUGGUGCCGGCGGAGGCCGCAGGAGGAGUGCUGUUCUCCCGCGACGGCAGCGUCUCUCUGCGGUCCAGCUGCGGUGGUGCUGGUAAUUCAUUUGUGAUCGAGACAGAGGAACAGGCCGUUGAGUUUGUGGGCCGUCUUGUGUACUUGAGUCUGGACUGGGGUCUGGAGACGCAGGUGGAGCGGGAAUUGAGUGAGGCCUUGGAGAUCCUGGUGUGUCAGAUGACCAAAGUGAACCUCAGCAUCAGCGCCGACCGCUCCUGCCGACCCGUCCGCGCCGUCUCUGAUGUCAUCCAGGUUUGUAAGGAGCGCCUGUGCGAUCCCAGCCAGGCUGUCAAGCAUUACAAGAGUGUGUGUUCCAGUCUGUUCUCGCACACCGUUGAGCUGUGCCAGUAUCUGCAGGUCGUCCAGCAGUCCCGCGAGAGUCUGCAGAAACUGCUUGAAUCGGAGACCCAGCUGGUUGCACGAGGGACCACUAACUGGAUGUGCACAUGGAAGGAUCUAGUGGAUGAGUUGAGCAGAGGUGUAGUGUUGCGGCCGUUAGCGAAGACUUUAACUAAAUGCCCACUACCUGCUGAGACCCCUCCAUUCAACCAGCUUCUGCGGGACAUCCAGUGCAGACGAUACACACUACGGAAAGUUCAGGAUGUGGGAGACUGCCGGAGAAAGCCAGAACCUCACCAGACUCUUCUAGAAUUCAUCCGCUCACGGCCAAAAUUACGACCGGCCUCAGAGCGUAAGAUGGGGUUGAAGCCCAAAGAGCAGAGCAGUCUACAUGAGCUACUUAUGGAGGAGAUUCGCUCUAUAAACCACUGGAAACCCCUGGAACACAACAGGGAGACAACCUACCAAUCAGAUGGCUCAACCAUUAAUAAAGAGGCUGAAGAUGCCUCUUUUCUGAUGUCGACUUCACACGGGAUACCUUCGGAUGAAACUCUUGGUUCAGGAAAUCCUGUGCAAGACGCCAGAGUUACAGGCAUCAGAGUCUGCACAGGAAACCGCCGGACCAGAUCUUUUGCUUGCAACAGGGAUCUCUUCAAAGUGGUUAAGAGCAGUAACAAGGGGUCUGUUCUCACAACGAUCGUUGAUGUCAUGAAAAUGCACAGUUCUGAAGAAAAAGGAGAUCUGGAUAAUAUGUUGUGUGAGAGAUCCCGGGACUGGCGGGUUUGCUCAUGCUGUGCAAUGAGAAGUCUUUAUUUCACGUGGCAUAAUAUUUGCUCUCUGUGUCGGAGGGUUGUGUGUCCUGGGUGUUGUAUAGAGAUGCACCUGCCCUCCAAGCACUGUGUGAACCUUCCGCUGAGCUUCUUCAAGCAAAUCGUGAUGAAAGAUGGUGAGCAAAGCCAGAUAAAUUUCUGGAAUGAGCGCUGGUCCUGGAAUUCAGCCUGGAUUCCUCUGGUUCUAGUGUCGUGCGGGACGGACUCGACAUCUGUUCACGCUCGGGCUAUGCGCGACUGGUACAGUCAGGACAUCUGUGUGAGCUGCCAGAAGAAUUUAUCGAAGGCGUGUGAGUCUGUUCUGUCCAGCUGUCCCAUCAAAGACUCUCAGGAGAUAUGACCACCCUCUCUUUUCAUCACUUUUGUCUGUUCCUUUAUUUGUAUAUCAGCUGUGUUUUUUUUUUGUGUGUGUUUUUUUGGGGGGGUUGUUCAUAGUGUGGCACCAUGUUGGUUCGAAAUGUUUCUUUUUCACCAUUUUGCUUAUUUUUAGGUUUUACAUAAUGAACAAAAUUAAAUGUGCUUAUAAUAAAUAUUUUUA